AAACUGUAUAUCACUUCCGCAGUUUGCCAUCAUAGCCAUACUGAAACUGAACGAAUCCCUACAGGCAAUUUAGUUCAAUCAACAUGAAUAUUUGCAGGCUGAGUCAAGCUGUUCAAAAUCUAAUGACUCUGAUAUCGAAUCAGUGACCAAACGGAUCCGAACUGCGGAGUUAACAUCACUCUCUAAAGAGCAGCGGGAGUAUGUACAGGCGUUGGCUGGCGUUGACUGUAAGAAACGAAUUGAUGCUCUUCAUGUUGCUAUGUUCAAAGCUGAAUCUAACACGGGGACAGCCAAUGUACGAAACAACCUGCGGCCACUGCUAAAAAAAUAUGAUAUAAAAAUGGAAUCAGAGAAGGAAAUCAAGUCAAUGGAAGAAUUAUACACCGUGAACUAUAUGAGUGCAAUGGUUUCUCUUUCCCAUAAAGCUGCAGCACAUGAUAAAAAUGAAACUAAAAGUGGUGAGCUGUUAGCAAGACGUACCCCAGUAGCCUACUGUGAUGGACAGGAACUGCUAACCAAAACACUUAUAACCUUGAAGAAUACCGGCCAGUUAGAUGUGGGAACUGACAAAACUAUACAUGUUAAGCUGUUUGUAGACGCAGACACGAGCUCCACUAAAGUGGCAGUCAAUGUGCUAAACCAGCCUUCGUGUAACAGCUCGUAUGCCCACCCAAUGCUGGUGUACACCGAAGCUCCGGACCAUCGCAGGAACAUGGAGGUCAUAUUUAAGAACAUCAAAGUCGGGACUUUUCUGUGGACAGAGUACGGUAAACUGUGCGAGGAGAUAGACUUUGUACUCGCUUGCAAUGUGGCAGACGGGUUUCUUCCCAACAGCUACAGCAGUACGACAGACUUUGGAGCCAUGAUUCUGCGCAUCGAACAAGGUAACCGUGUGGCCUCGAAGUGCAACAGUGGGCCCCUUUCCUCGAAGUAUGAGCAAUAUUUGAGGGGCAUCAAUGUCACUCCUGAGGCAUACCAUGGUGUGUCCCUGACCGGCGUGAGAGCAGGAUAUUUGGUUAAAGCCAAUCACACUCAAUUUUGGACAGACCACUUCUAUAAAAACGAGAAGAUAAGACCACAGGACAAGCUGCACUUUCAGCAACGGCUCCUUGCACUGGAUCGCAUUAAGUCCUCGUAUAGAGAUCUCUUAGUUCUCGGUGGCAAAAGUGGGAAAGUGAAGAGUCCCCGUGAGAUCGAAACUCUUGUCAAGGCCAGGGACCUCUUCUUGGCAGAGUACCGAAAGUUUGGUCAGUCCACAUCGGUGAAGAUACAUCUCCUUGAAGACCACUUUUUGGAGCAGAUACAGCUCUGGGGGAUGUUUUCUGGAUCUUUCAAUGAGCAAGGUGGUGAGAGUACUCACUCCCUUUUUAAGAAUCACGAACACAUGACAAACCAUGUUCGUAAUGACGAAGACCGAGUUGUGAAAAAGUGCGAGCUAGCAACACGGAAAUACCUGUUGAAAGUGAAAUCCAAGCUGUGUGACUGAAAUGGGUCAAUCAUGAUGGAUUUAGUGUUUGGGACAAUCUGCUAUAUGCCUAAAAUUGAAAGAUUGUUAAUUUGGUGAUGCUUCACCCUCUGUUCAUAUUUUCUACUUGAUCAAUAAUGAUAUUCGCCACAUAUUAUGUAAAACGCCGCUUAUGUUUUGCCAUUAAAAUUUUUUCGUUAUAGUAGUGACUGCGACUGAAACCGCGCAUCACGCAAGUUUUUGUCGCCGCGCGAGGGUGAUUCAAUUUUGUCCACUUCGCCAUAAUUCUCAGAGGAUGUAAUUUGACGAGUGCGGGACAAUUUUGAGCGCAAGGAAUCACUUGAAUCGAAGAUAACGAUUGAGCUGACAAUUUCUCCGGUAAAAAUUAGACCUUAGAUAACUGAAUUGGGAUGACAUCGGAAAUAACUCUGAUGCGAGCAGGAAUACACUAUGUCAUACUCAUAGCAGUAAUACUUAGACGUGAAUAUUAAUAUCCGAUGGAUCAAAUUAGUGUAUAUGUUAUCAUUAUUAUAUAUAUAAAGUGUGCCUCACUGGGGCACCCUUAAGUAACAGUUCCAGCUCGAUAGGCCUCGUAACCGGGAUGGAUAGAGACAAACGAAAUACAUCAUCUCGUCACAAGCAAUCAGAUCUAAGUUAAACGAUAAGGCCAGGACAUACUAUGAGCAUUGAAUUAACUGUCAAAAUGGUAACCUGAGCCCUAGAGGUGAUCACAUGCUAUAAGCCUAACGGAAAAGUAUUCUAAAAAUAUAAAUCUAAUCGUUAAGUUAAACACAUUUGAAAGCGGCUGUCAGAUAAUAUAAACGGUUCGGGAUGAUGGCUGUCGAGGUUCGGGCAUGACGCGCCCGGCCGCACAAUAAGCGGUGACUAGGGAAGUCACAACAAAAAGUCCCCUCUCAGUCUAAUCUGAGCUCUCGAUAUUUUGGAAGAAUUCUGGAUUCUAGCUAGAAAUAGGUAAAUUAGUCAACGAACAUGAGAUGAAUCAUAUAUUAACUUAAAGAUGAAAACCCGCUAAUCAACGUUGACCAAAAUUAAAUUAUGUGGGCUUACAAUUGAAUCAUAUAGAGUAACUAUUUGAUCAUUUGACGUAGCCAUUUUGUCAACGCAGCAUUUUGUCAAUUUGUCAACUCUAAAUAUUCGACUGCUGUUAAUCUUUUAACUUUAAUUAUAAACUUAUGUUACCACUGAAAAUCUGAAAUGGCUCCAGUAGAUCUGUAGAUGUGGCAGCUAGGUUCUCGUUAUAUACUGCGAUAAUCGCAAAUUGAGGCGACAAUCGCACGAUAAUCGCAUAAUGAGGCGAUUAUCGCACAAGGGGGGGCGAUAAUCGCAAAAUGAGGCGAUAACCGCGCGAUAAUCGCAAAAUGAGGCGAUAAUCGCACAAGGAGUCGAUUAUCGCGCGAUAAUC